UCCGCUCCUCUCAGAGGCUGCGUGGCUUCAACCGACAUACGACGGCAGUUAAACUUUUCACUUCUUUGUCCUUUUUCCGACAAACUCCCAAGUUUGACGGUGAACAAAUGGCUCCAUCGUUUCCUGUCUGUUUACAAUUCGACUCAAUUUUAAACCCUGAAAAUAAUUUACUCUAAAACUUCAAACGAAUCAAGGAAGGCGACAUAAAAGGGGAAUCGAACCAGCUUCGUCUGAGGUCGAAGAUGUCUGUCAGCAACCACGAAAACAGGAAGUCUCGCUCCAGCUCCGGCUCAAUGAAUAUCCAACUCUUCCACAAGACGUCCCAUGCCGACAGCUUGUUGACUCAACUCAACCUGUUGCGCAAACGCAAAGUCUUCACUGAUGUCGUGCUGAAGGCUGGCAACCGCUCCUUCCCCUGCCACCGGGCUGUGCUGGCCUCCUGCAGCCGCUACUUUGAGGCCAUGUUCAGCGGAGGGCUCAGGGAAAGCCGCGCCGAUGACGUCAACUUCCACGACUCGCUCCACCCGGAAGUGCUGGAGCUGCUACUCGACUAUGCCUACUCAGCUAGAGUCAUCAUCAAUGAGGAAAAUGCAGAGUCACUCCUUGAAGCUGGAGACAUGCUUCAGUUUCAUGACAUCAGGGAUGCAGCAGCAGAGUUUCUAGAAAAGAACCUGCACCCGUCUAACUGUCUGGGGAUGAUGCUGCUGUCUGACGCCCAUCAGUGCCAAAGACUGUACGAGCUGUCGUGGAGGAUGUGCCUGGCUAACUUCGCCACUCUCUUCAGAACUGAAGACUUCCUCAAUCUGCCCAGAGACAAAGUCAAAGAGUUGAUUCUGAGUGAGGAACUGGAGGUGGAGGAUGAGAGCCUGGUGUAUGAGGCUGUUAUAGACUGGGUCAAGGCGGACAUGGAGCAGAGGCAUGGCGAGCUGCCCGAGCUGCUGCGCUGCGUUCGACUGGCACUGCUGCCUGAGUCCUACUUGCUGAACAAUGUGGCUUCAGAAGAGCUUGUGAUGUGCCACAAAGUGGGCCGUGAGAUAGUUGAAGACGCUGUGCGGUGUAAGAUGAGGAUCCUCCAAAAUGAUGGCAUUGUAACUGGGUUCUGUGCACGGCCCAGAAAAGUCAGCCAGGCACUUUUGCUGCUGGGCGGACAAACUUUCAUGUGCGAUAAAGUCUACAUGAUUGAUAACAAGACAAAGGAGAUCACUCCUAAAACAGACAUCCCCAGCCCCAGGAAAGAGUGCAGUGCCUGUGCUAUCGGCUGCAAGGUUUAUGUCACUGGAGGCCGUGGCUCUGAGAACGGAGCUUCCAAAGAUGUCUGGGUCUAUGACACCUUACACGAUGAAUGGUCCAAAGCGGCACCGAUGUUGGUAGCCAGGUUUGGACACGGUUCUGCAGAACUUGAUCACAUGCUGUAUGUGGUGGGAGGACACACAUCCCUUGCCGGAUCUUUCCCAGCUUCCCCGUCUGUCUCCCUCAAACAGGUGGAACAGUACGACCCUCAGACUAACAAGUGGACCCUGGUCGCACCCCUCAGAGAAGGGGUGAGCAAUGCUGCUGUGGUUGGAGCCAAAAAAAAACUAUUUGCUUUUGGGGGCACCAGUGUAAACAGAGACAAAUAUCCCAAGGUGCAGUGCUUUGACCCCUGCCAGAAUCGGUGGUCGGUACCUGCAAGUUGCCCACAGCUGUGGCGAUACACAGCGGCAGCUGUGGUUGGCAAUCACGUGGUAGUAAUCGGGGGGGAUACAGAGUUCUCGGCCAGUUCUGCGUACAGGUUCAACAGCGAGACGUUCCAGUGGUCAAAGUUCGGUGAUGUGACCGCCAGAAGGAUCAGUUGUCAUGCCGUGGCCUCAGGAAACAGACUUUAUGUGGUUGGUGGCUACUUUGGGGCUCAGAGGUGUAAGACUUUAGACUGCUACGAUCCAUCUUCAGACUCCUGGGACAGUGUAACCAGUGUGCCAUACUCGCUCAUUCCUACUGCCUUCGUCAGCACCUGGAAGUACCUCCCAGCAUAGAGAGACUCUCAGCCAACGAUUUUGAUGAGCCGUGGCGUCUGCGCCUCCUCUUCACCAGCUCCAGGAGGAAGAGGAGAACGAUGAGGAUGAAGGAGUUCAGCGAAUCUCAUCACAGCUGCAUCCGGCCUGAUGGAAGCAACCCGACCCGUUUACUCAAACGUUUGUGUAACUUUCCCAUGCAGCCUGAGCGGGGAGCGGUUGCCAUGCUAACUGCAGACCCCUCCAAGCCAUCUCCUUUAAAAACAUGCCCCCCUCCCAUCAACCAUAGUCCCCCUACUGGGGCAAAUAAGCUACAGCAGUCCUGCUCUGUCCCAUCACCACACCUGAACUCCAUCACCCAGCUCAUGUCUUCAGGCUUCAAUGUCUGAGGGUUUCGGACUCUGCACCUUUCUUUUCAGGCCUCAGAGGUCUAAACUUCACCAGAAAAGAACCUUUUUUUUAAACAUCUAGAAGAAAAGUGCCUUUUCUCAUCUAAAUGCCUCUGGUUUAAGGAAACCUUGAUGGGUCUGUUGUGGCAUCUUCAUCAUCCGUUGCAGAGAGGACAUUCCUGAAGUUCUGCUCUGACGCGUGAACAAAGCUCCUGUUUCCUGUGUGGAGGCCCUGUGUGCAGGCAUGUGGCAAAGCAGAGGAGACCGUUUUGGAAGUGUGUGAUUUUUGUGCGCAGAAACAAUCCUCCUGUCUUUAUUUUUAGGGCUCGUACUCGGGUUUUUCCUCCGUUUUGGUGAGCUAAAUUUGUACCUUCUUCCACAGAGUCCUAAAUAGCCGCUCUGGAGCAAACGUGGCCCAUCAGGACGUGUGUCAGUUUUGUGUCUCAGGGUUUUGUGCGUUUUUGUUUGCCUGUUUUUAUCGAAGGUGAGAGAGAGUGUCUAAUUUCUGUGAGUUUUACAGAAGCCUCUCAUUGUAGAAACUCAACUGAAAUUGUGUUGGAUACAAACUUUGCCGAAACGUUUGUGUUGUUUUGGAUUUGAUAGCAAAGCUGUGUUGUCUUUUUCUUUUGUACUACUUUCAGUGGAAGUAUUGUUUGUAUAGAUUGUACAUUUACUUUGUAAUUAUUUUGUAGAUGUCUUUGAUUUGCACAGUUUGUCUGAAAAGAGUUUCCAGUGAUCUUAAUUUAGUUUGUCUUAACCCAGCGUCAGUGAUGUAAAUAAAAGCUCUUUUUGUAGCAUUUUUCUCCUUUUCCAAACCUUUUUGCUCAGUUUGACACCACUUCAUCAGUUUUAGGCGGACUUACCAAGCUGAUGGAGCCUGUUACUUCUCGUUGUACUGCUCUGACAUGGUCAAUAAAAAGCUUCCAGAUGAGGAA